AUGCAGAGACACACCUUCACCGCGCUCAACUCCACCUUCAUCGUCGACUCCGAGUACCAGUUUGUCAAGGAGCUCGGCCAGGGCGCGUACGGCUGCGUGGUCUCCGCUAAGCACCGCAGAACGGGAGAUGGCUGCGCUAUCAAGAAGAUAACUAACAUCAACACAAAGAGGAUCCUCACGAAGCGAUGUCUGAGAGAGAUCAAACUUUUGCACCACUUCCGUGGGCACAAAAAUAUCACCUGCCUAUACGACAUGGACAUCGUCUUCCGCCCAGACGGGAAUUUUGACGAAGUGUACCUCUAUGAAGAGCUGAUGGAGGCAGACCUCCACGCUAUUAUCCGGUCCCAACAGCCACUUUCCGACGCGCACUUCCAGUCGUUCAUCUACCAAACGCUCUGCGGCCUAAAGUAUAUCCACUCUGCGAACGUGCUCCAUCGCGAUCUCAAACCAGGAAAUCUCCUCGUCAACGCGGACUGUGAGCUCAAGAUCUGCGACUUUGGCCUUGCGCGCGGGUACAACGCGGGCUCCGCGGCCAAGUCCUCCGCCAACCAAGGCUUCAUGACUGAAUAUGUUGCUACACGGUGGUACCGCGCGCCAGAGAUCAUGCUGAGCUUUGCAAACUACGGACCUGCCAUUGACGUCUGGUCGGUGGGCUGCAUACUGGCCGAACUGCUAGCUGGAAAGCCGAUAUUCAAGGGGAGAGACUACGUCGAUCAACUGAAUCAGAUCUUGCAUUACCUCGGGACGCCCUCAGAAGAUACCCUCCGCCGAGUGGGCUCUCCUCGUGCACAAGACUACAUUCGCUCCCUUCCGAUUAAGCCCCGAGUCCCUUUCCAGACGCUCUUCCCCCGCGCAAAUCCCCUUGCGAUCGACCUGCUCUCGCAGCUGCUCCAAUUUGAUCCUGCGAAGCGGAUUACAUGCGAGCAGGCGCUCAACCACCCCUACCUUGCGGUGUGGCAUGAUCCCGCCGACGAGCCUGCGUGCCCUACACCGUUCGACUUUGGAUUCGAGGAAGAGGACUCGAUUGAGGGUAUGAAACAUCUCAUCGUCGAGGAGGUCCGGGCGUUCCGCUCUGAGGUCCGUGCUCAGGCUCGGGCAGGAGGCCAAAUCCGCCGCCAAGAUAGCCUGCCCAUGCCGUCGCGCGAGGAGAUCAUGAGCUCGCCAGUACUGGAGAACGCGCCUGCGAAUGGUGCGACGUCCGGGUUCACAGAGCAGACGCAGCGUCCGCCGUCGCCGGUGAUGGACGACCCGAGUGCUGAGCUCGAGCGCGAGCUCGCGGGUACACACCUCGGGCGGGCCUAG